UCAACGAGCAAGAGGAUUGCCGCUAAUUGCGCAUGCGCGCAAAUGUCACGUUAGCUUUCUCAUCCUCAAGAUGCCACACAAAAUGUCCUGUUUUAUCGCUCUUAAGGACAGACACGGCUUCUUUACGGUGAGGGAUUAGUUCCGCGAAGAGGGGACGCCACUGCUAAACGAAAGUGAAAUUAUGACAGCGAAUGAGGAUCAAGAGAUGGAGUUGGAGGCUCUUCGCUCCAUCUAUGAGGGCGACGAGUGUUUUAAAGAACUUAGUCCGGUUUCCUUUCAAUUACGGAUUGGAGACCUGGAGGACUCAAAAGCGUUCAUCUUGGACAUCGCUUGGCCAGAGACGUACCCCGAGAGCGGUCCCCAAAUCUCCCUGGAUGGCUUUUUUAACAACCGAAUCGCUACGGAAACCAAGCAGCUCAUCCUGUCCAAACUGGAGGAACAAGUGGAGGCGAAUCUGGGCGACGCAAUGACGUACACCCUGUUCGAGUGGGCCAAGGAGAACCAAGAAGCCCUGAUGGAGAACCACCAACCCUCGGUCACCGCCGUGACUGUAACGUCCAGUGGCGAAGCGACGGCCAACGCCACAGAAGGCAAAAAGAAGGAGCGCAAGGAGCAGCUCACCAAAGCGCAGAAGAGGAAGCUCGUCAACCGGACAGAUAACAAAGGGGAACUGCCAAGAGGUUGGAACUGGAUCGACGUCAUUAAAGAAGUGCAAUUAAAAUUUUUUUCUCAUGUUUUUCCGGUUGUUACGACAAACAUCCAGCAUCUAAGCAAAACGGGAGGUAAAGAUGACGAUUAAGCCGGUGGACCGCUGCUGCCUUGAGCUCACCUGGGGCCAAACCCUCCUGAAAAGUGGAAUCCGGGUCGACCAAAAGGGAGGCAACACUUUUCAGUACAAUGUGUUCAGUAUUUCAUCACGGUUACUUGAAAAUAAUCUCCAAAAGAAAAACCUCCCACUGCCUGGAACCUCAAAAGGAGUCGCCUUACAAAUGGAUUGUUUGGAGUACAACGAGACUCGCCGGCAAACAAUUCCAUCAAAUUUGACUUUGAAGGGACCUUUCUCUGAGGUGUGGCUUUAAAUGACAUUUUUUUGGGGGGGGUUUGUGUGAUUAUCGGCAAAGAUCAGGGGGAAAAAAAACAACAAACUUUAUUACGCGGAAUUCUCUCUUUAUUGUAAUUAAUGCAUAAAUGUGUGGAACUUUACAGAAGUGACGUCAGUAGACUGUCAACUCGAGUCCUCGUUACCAUUAAAAUCCUCCACUAAAACUGA